GUGUGGAUGUUUUAAAUUUCCCGCUAAUUCCAUUUUCACAACGUUUCGUCUUCAUCAUAACAAACCCAAGUAACAAGUAACAAGUUACAGAUCUAAGUACAUACUACCUACAUAUACAGGAAAAGAAGAGAAGGGAGCCCAGGGAGCCUCUACAGACCCUCAUAGAUAGUACAUACUACACUACUAUACUACACUAUACUAUACUACAUACCUACCUACCUACCUACCUACCAUAGAAGUCACGACGUUCCUUCUUCUACCCAACGAGUGAACGACCGACCCGUCAAAUUCAUAUCAUCCAGAGCCUUUAGAUGCUCUAGGCCUACCUGAGCCUAGUCUUGGACGUAGUCAUGUCUCACAACCACGGUGGAUGUUGCGGUCACGGGAAUCACGGAGGUCCGGAUGUGGGCGUGUCCAUCGAGGAUGCGGAUGGUCUCGGCUGUCAAUACAGUCUCUAUCAAAAGAUCAAUCUGGCCGAGGUGGCGUGCUUGAACGAGACCGUGGAUGGAUCCGGUCAGCUCGUGUUCAAGCCUUGGGAUCGACGUCUGGAUAAGACAGAUUGCGUCGUGUCCGAUGCCGAUGAAGAGCUUCUGUGGAACAUCCCGUUCUCCGGCAAUGUCAAACUGAAAGGCGUGAUCGUGGUGGGCGGCGAAGGUCAGAGUCAUCCGCAGAAGAUGCGGCUUUUCAAGAACCGGGAACAUAUGACCUUUGACGAAGCGCGGGCCCAGGCCGAUCAAGAAUUUGACGUGGUCAAAGAUCCCCAAGGCCAAGUGGAAUAUCCCACCAAAGUGGUCAGCUUCUCGAAUGUCCAUCAUCUCACCAUCCAUUUUCCCUCCAAUUACGGCGACGAUGAAACCAAGGUCUAUUAUAUAGGCUUGAAGGGCGAGUUUUUCAAAUCCAACCGAGUGGGUGUGGUCAAUACCGUCUACGAGGCCCGACCUAUGAUGGAAGAUCAUAAACAGGAUCUGAAGGAUCUGAACAUCAGCCACAAUGCCCAAUUCUAAGCCAACGCCAAUCGACCAUGCCC